AAUCAAUUAUUCAGAAAGGCCUCAAUUCAAUCCAAUUAUGAGGCUUGGAUUGGAUUGAUUGGAUUGUUGGGAGCGCUGAAUUCAGCAUCUUGAAAUGGGCGUCCUCCACGUCUUACCUGCCCUCAUGCCCUCAGCUGGCCAAGGAUAGCGAUCUUCGGAUCAAAAACGGACAAUUUCGUGGCUCCUGCAUGAUGAAAGGGUCGGAUGAGGUGAUGAAAAUAGUGACACAUUGGGGGGAAGAACAGGUGGAUUGGGGGAUAAAACGGCGGCAAACUUGGAAGUGGGAGGAGGAAAGACGUCCUGGACUACACCGUUCAUGUUCAUGUUUCCAGAAGUGGCCAACCUCUGAUCUAGAGGCUUUCAGUUUGACUUCAUUCCGCUCGGCCACCUUGCCAUUAGAUGCGAUAGUGACGGCCGAGAGUUGGUGGUCUUUGUCUCAGUCUUUUGUUGUGGUGUGGAGAUGGGGGGAUCACUAUCUUAUCAGUCGAAUUGCCAAGGUACGAUUUGUGGGUGAGGUGAGAUGGCCGAAUGCAGGAUCCCAACCAUAUGGAAGGCUGGGCCCUACUCUGUACACGUACUUAUCUAUUCGUACGGCAAAGAGACAAGAAGGGCGCGAUUUUCGCAAUCGAGAUUUCCACUCCAGGAGCAGCCCUUCUGGAGACGGCAGCUUUCAUUAAGAGGGGGAUUGCCUGUCCGGGUGACUCGUCCGGGCAGCUCGCCGAGUGCCGAUCCGCCACGCCCGGGGAUGCGUCACCGGAGCGGGGGCCGGAGAUAACCGGUUUGGUCGGCGGGUGCUGCCACAGAGCUCAGGAGAGGGGUUGAGGGGGAUGAGCUAAAUAAAGAAAUCAUAUCAACUCG